UGCUAAUUUAGAAUUGUCAUUUUAAGAAAUCUUGAAAGUAUGAAACUGACUCGCACAAUGCGCCCACAGUCGAACCUCCCAGAGAUCAUUUUCAUUGCCACAAAAUCGAUUUCAUUGAGGAAAGGCAGACUUUGUUCAAGUUUUCAUCUGCUGAUUUUGUUUUUCCAUUUUCAAAUUGCAGAAAUUACAGUUUAUUCAUAAGAGCUGUUGUGCAGUUGAGUACAGAGCAAAUGUCUUCUCAACAACCCUCUCUCAUAUGUUUGCUACUAACUGUGCUCAUUCGAUCAUGCCCAUUAUUCCUAUCAGAGGUUUCAUUCUCAUCGCUUGUUUAUGAUAUGCCACGAUCACUUUCCAAUAAGUGAGUAAGGGAAGAUUUGUUGGGACCCAUCUUUAAUUUAGAAGUUUCAAAAAACAUUCUAAAAUUCUAAGGUAAUCUAAACAAGCGUAGAGUUAGGGUACGGCUUUACCGCCGCCUAGGGUAGGUUUCGAGUUUUUCCCUUCUUCUCGUUUUCAGCCAUUGAUUCAGGCUUGAGACAGAACGGAGGUGGGUGUUUUUGUUCUUCUUGGCAAGUUUGAUUUCAGCUUUGCUUAGUUUCUUUGUUCUCGGCAAGUUUGACGACUUCAGCACUUCGGUUUGUUUUGUUCUUGGCUUUUGAGACGGACGAAGGUCGGUAGCACAAAGGCAAUUGGGCAGAUAAAAGCUAUGGAGGAUGUGGUAGAACAGUAUAGAAGAUUGGCUUUGGAGAAAGAAAACAGUAGGCUGAAUUUUGAUGAUGAGGAGGAAGAGGAUUCCGUGCCAAAUGCAAAGGCAGUGGGGUUUCCGGUGGUGGGAGUCAUUAAUACAGACCGGAAAGUCAGAUCUCAGGCAGUACAUGAACUGUUUACAUCGCUCUGGAGGCCUGGAAGAGGAAUGACCGUCCAAGAGAUUGAUGAAAAGAGGUAUCUCUUCACUUUUAAUCAUAAAAUUGAUAUGAAUCGUGUUAUCGAAGAUGGUCCUUGGUUGUUUGAACGAAAUUUGGUACUGCUAAAGGCGGUUGGCCCUAAUGAUAUACCUCAUAAAAUGGACUUAUUUGAAGCAGAGUUCUGGGUGCAAGUGCACAACGUGCCUUAUAAGUUUAUGAAUGUUGAUACUGCUAGGAGGGUGGGUAACUAUAUUGGGGAAUUUAUAUGUUUUGAUGAGAGCCACUUUAAGGAAAAGUGGAGCUCUUAUUUGAGGGUUAGGGUAAAGUUGGAUGUGAGAAGGCCCCUAAAAAAGGGUUCUACUUUGACCAAGAGAGGGGAAGGGCACUGGGUAGAUUUUAAAUAUGAAAAGCUUCCAAGUUUCUGUUUCAUUUGUGGGAUUAUGGGGCACUCUGAGAAAUUUUGCCCUUUAAAAUAUGUGGAGGAUCUCGUUUUGGAGACAAAUUUUAGUGCUGAUCUGAGAGCAGGGGGUGGGGGGAAGAUUAGCCCCACAAGGGGUGGUACGUGGUUGAUGGAUAAACAGGGAGGCCCGAGUCAUCACAGGGGAAUUCAGCAAGACGACGAAGGAACUAUGAGACAGGGUCGUAAAGGGAGCACAGCUGAGACAGAAAGGAGUGGCACAAAGGAAGAGAAUAGAAGUGGUGCAGGGGAGGUCUCAGUGGAUCAGAAGCGCAGGAGAGUCUGGAAGGAUCCAGCAGAGGAUAACAACUCAGAAGAGGAGAUGGCACUGGACAACACAAAAAACGGGGAGGGGGCGGGCCUCAGCUCUUAGGCCCGCCUGAGGUGGUCGUGAAGAUGUGGAUGCAGCAGUUCCACGGUGGUUCUUAUUUUAGCAUUGCUUUAGUUGUUUCGUUUGGCGUUCAGACUGUUGUUUUUGCUUUUUGUUUUGUUUACUUUUGUAAGACUCUCGCACUAGGCUCGGGUGACGAGUGUGCUGCAGUAACCAUUGUUGGCUCAAUUAUGCCCAUUUUAGGAUCAACGAGUUAUACUGCUUUCUUGAAGGUGGUUAACUCAGAGUCUGGCCCAAGGGCGGAUGGUUAUCGGUGGUACUCUUGUUAUUCUAUAUCCUUGCUGAAUGCUUUUAUUCUAAUAUAAGCCCCCUUCAUCCAAAAAAAAAAAAAACAAACGUAGAGUUUUCAAGUAGCUC